AAAUGUAUCAUAUCAUUGUAUGGUAUCAUGUAUUGUAAGUUUUUAAUAAUUAUGGUGGUACUAUUAUUGGUUUUGAGGUUUUUUCUUAAUUCUAACAAAACUAUUGCUUGUUGGGUGGAGUUUCAUUGGCAUGAAUUUUGUGCAAAAUUAUAUUCGGUCACACGUACCCUCCCACCCACUUUUGAUGGUCUUCCACAUGCCCACCUUAUGUGCUUCUCUCUCUCCUUUAGAGCACCAUCUCCUCUCAUCCUACUCAUACUCCCCUAAAAUUACCUGUGUCCAAAGAGAGUUACUCUCAAGCGAAUCUCCAACUCCACUUGCUGAGCAAAGCUUUGUUGAGGAUGGACACUCUUUUAAUACACAAGCCUCCACUUCUCCUCCAUUCAGAUUGUCGACCAAUUCACCAAAUGUGGCUUGCUCUUAAUAUCCCCACCCUUAAAAGGAAAUCCCUUUGAUCUUUUUUAGUUUGCUACUAACUUUCAUGGAAUAGAAAAAAAGACACAUGAAGUUAAUUGAUAAAUUAGAGAGAGUGUUUUUUAUAAGAGUUUCCCUUCCUCUCUUUGAAAGGUAUUGUCUCUUUCACAUAGGAGGCCUUUUGUAAAAUCUUUCCUCUACCUCGUACUAAACUGGAGAUGAUCUGAAAGAAGCUUGCAAGAGAAGGCCCAGAUAUUUGGUGGGAAGACUUCCCACUCUACACCCCAAAACCCUAUCUAGAUCUUCCACAUUGGCAAUCCCCCUGAUAGGAAUCAACUCACUUUUCUCCAAAUUUAUCUUUAGAUCUAAGAUCACUUCAAAUCACAUCAAUGUCCAACUCAAGUAAUUCCAUUUGCUCCUUUGUGGCAUCAUAGAGGAUAGUAGUAUCAUACGCAAAUACCAGGUGGGACACCUCCAUGUCCUCUCCUCAUGGAACUUGAGAUGAAGCCCCUUAGCCCUGAUUAAGAUAGUGGAGAAAGCCUCCAUUGGCCCAAAAUGCAUACUAACCACCUUAACCCUUGAGGCUUGGCUCACAUGGUAACGAGUUGGAGAGGUUUUGUGAAGGAUGCUAGGUUCAAGGCCCAGUGAGGGCAAAAAGUUUACCUUUUUUUUUUUUAAAAAAAAAAAUGGUGUGCUAGACACUAGGUUAACACCCUCCUUCAUAAAUUUUGGGCUUAUCUCCCAUAUAUGGAGAGACAAAUCAGUAGAUGGGAGAAUAAACAGUAGAACAGAUUGAACUUUAGAUCUUUUAGUUAACCAUAGUUCUAAUAGACUGACACCAUGUUAGACUAACAACUUUCCUACAAGCUCAAAUUUUUAAGAUAUGAUCUCAAAAUGUAUAUCAGGUUAACAUAUAAAAUGAAGACCUUGGAGUUUGGAAUAAUGUUAUUGAUUAAAGGGAUUUUCAUUUUGUUUUGGGGCAUCAAGAUUCACAUGGCAGUUAAACGCAGUGGACUGUAACAAUAUCAAGGAUUGUAUAUCAUUAUUACUCCUCUCUUCAUGAGUCGGAAAAUUAUGUAAUGGUGAAAGAUUUAUGAGAUCCUUCUGUAGAACGAAGUUGGUAUCGCUGUAUAUUGACCAAAAACUCCAUCAGCGAAAAUUUCCUUUUGGAUAAUAUCUCAAACAAGUCAUGGUAGCUUGUUGACCUGCAGGUAUUGAUUUAGGCCCUAGACCAUAAAACCUUUGAGUGAGGAUGUCCUAUUUAUUUAUUAUUUUUAAGAGUAUAAUUGUUGUAUGCAUAUAGUGACGAUGUUAAUGGUGUAAGAUAUGGUGAUGGAUUGGCAUUUAGUAGGGCCCAUUUUCCCAGAGUGGAAAGAUAUUUCUAAGGAGCUGUGAUUUUAUUGAAAAACACUAGUUUGCUGGUGAAGCAAUUUCAAUGUCUUGUUACUAAGCUAAGCUCAACUAAGCCUUAUACCAAUUAUUUGGGUCUGAAAAGAUUGAUACUGUCACACCAUUCAGCUCCAUAUUUUCAUGUCCUUUCGCUGCCCAUUUAUCAUUCUUUGGUGAAGUCACUGGUCUGUGUUGCAGAUGGCGAAAUCAUGUUGACUGAUUUUUGUGGAACAACUAAUUUUCCUAAAAGCUUAAACUCAUAGGAUUUAGACUCUCAAUGUAUGUCAUGCACUCUAACACAAAAGUGGAAAAAUUAAGAGUAGAGAUUUUUCUGCAGCCUAAAGCAAUGUGCUCUCACUCUGUACUUGUCUCCAUGUCUCCCCCUCUCCUUCUCUCUACCUGAAAAGAAAGGGGUUUUGAGAUUUUUUGAAGGAUGUAGAGGGACAGACUGAAACAAUGGCAUCCCCAGACAGAGAGCUUGAGAAACAGCUCAUGGAAGCUGGGAAUAAGCUUUUGGUGCCCCCAGCUUCUGUCAACAAACUUCUCCCACUGCUUGACCAAGUUGAGAAUCGUCUUUUAAAGGUGGAACAGUCGCCUUCUAUGUCGAUGCAAAAUGCACUUUCAGCAUUGCUGAAGGCAAUGGUGACAGAUCAACUUCUGAGACAUUCAGAUGUUGAUGUGAAAGUGGCGGUUGCUGCUUGCAUCAGUGAAAUUACAAGAACUACUGCACCAGAUGCCCCAUAUGAUGAUGACCAAAUGAAGGAGAUCUUUCAGCUGAUUGUAUCAUCAUUUGAAAAAUUCUGUAGAUCCAGCCGAUCAUAUAAGAGGACCUGGAUUCUUGAAACUGUUGCAAAGGUCAGGUCUUGCCUGGUAAUGCUGGAUCUUGGAUGUGACACACUGAUUAUUGAGAUGUUCCAGCAUUUCCUCAAUGAUAUAAGGGAUGAUCAUCCAGCAAAUGUUUUUACAUCCAUGGAGAUAAUUAUGACUCUUGUCGGAGAAGAAAGUGAAGACAUUCCAAUAGAGCUACUCUCUCCCAUCUUGGUUAGCAUAAAGGACAAUCAAGAAGUUCUGCCCAUUGCUUGGAAACUGGGGGAAAAAGUAUUUGAAAACUGUGCUAAUAUGCUUAAACCUUGCCUGAUACAAGCAGUAAAAUCCUUGGGCAUUUCUUUAGAUGAUUACAGUGUUUCUUCUAUAUGCCAAAGAACAUCUGGUACUGCUGAUUAGAAUGAUGACGGUGUUCCAGAGUGGAAUGAUGACAGUGCUCCAGAGCAGAAAGAUGACUACAUCCCUGGCAAAGAUACGGCUGAAGAGAGCAAGUUGUUAAAGGGUAUCUUUGGAUGAGGCAGCCCAGGUAGAUAAAGUGAUUUCAAUUGGAGCAGCCUGUACUGGAGAAGCAAAUCCAGCAAUGGAUAGAUCUCUGAAGUCACUUAUGAGCAAUGGUGUCACACAGGCUGUGAAUGAUGACUCUUUAGUGGAUUUGAACUCUUCAAACAAGCCCGAUUAUAGUAAUAAUCAGUUCAAAAGUAGCAAAGUAUCAAAGCCAAGUUGAACUUGAUAGUUUGGACGCUGGAAAGGUAGAACAAGAAUCUAAGACAGAACAAACCAUUAAUAAAGGAGGAAGAAAACCAAAUUCCUCAAUGAAUUUGAUAAAACCUUCUGAUUCUCAUAUUAGAACCAAGGAGGAGUCUGAGAAGUUGUCUGACCAUACAAAAAAUCAAAGCAAGGCAGGUCAUGAUGCCCCUUGUGAGGACCCUCCAUCUAUGGAGGCAGCUGUGCCUCAGAAAAUGAAAAGAUGACUGCUACUCAGCUUUCCCCACCAAAGGCAUUGGAGAAUGAGUCUUCAUAUGUUGCUUCUCCAUCCCCAAGCAGGAGCCUACCUGAUGAGAGUCGCUCAACAUAUCCAAGAUGACUGGCAAAUCCAAGCAAGACAGCUCAAAAACUGCCUCCAAAUCCAAGUGUCAACUGCCCAAAAGUGGUAGCGAAUCUAGUGCUAAUGGUUGUAGCAACCUGAAAUCCAGUUCAUCUAAAUGGGAGGAAACUGUGGAUGUGAAGGAGAAAUCCCCUGUUUUGGGGAAAUCAUUUGAAAGUGCCAAAGGAAAAUCAUAAAAAACAUUGAAGGAGCAGGGAAGUGAGGCAAAGACUGGAAAGAAGCAGUGAAGAGCAGUUAAAAGCUAAUAAUAAUUAGACUCUCAGCUGCUUCUCACUCACCCUGUGCAGGGUGAUCCUCAUCCUUCUUUUUUAAUUAAUUUAUUUUUUUCUGGCGUUAUGUAGACAACCUGACUUAAGUUUUUAAUUAUUUUUUUUUUAUCAGACUUAAGUUUUUAAUUAUUGUUCCUGGAAUUUUUUUGUA